AAAAAAAAAAAAAAAGGCCUUUCCGAGAGCAAAAUGGGUCACCAGCAGCUGUACUGGAGCCACCCGCGAAAAUUCGGCCAGGGUUCUCGCUCUUGUCGAGUCUGUUCAAACCGGCACGGUUUGAUCCGGAAAUAUGGUCUCAAUAUGUGCCGCCAGUGUUUCCGUCAGUACGCGAAGGAUAUAGGUUUCAUUAAGUUGGACUAAAUGAUCUUCAAAGGAUUAUCCAAGGCAUCUGCCAUGAAAAACCACGAUAGUUCUUUGUACUUAAAAUAAACAUUU